AUGAGCCAUAAAUGGACUGCGAAUGCCUAUGGCGAGCUCUCGGAACAAGCUAUGAGGGCCACAUGCUCCGAAAUCAAGAUUUAUCCAUGGACAAUCUCACACGACAAUGUCAAUAUCCCCCUUCGUGUAUUUUCCCAACAACUGAAUAAUCAAAGCCACUUUAUCAGUGGUUGCACUGCCACUGUCUGGAUUCUUCUGCAUUUUCGAGUGAGCCAAGCUACAUCGGUUUUUUCAUUUGACGACGUGAUGUAUGGGGAACCUGAUGUUGAUGCUUGCAUUGAAUCUCAGCAUCAGUAUCACAUCCUAUGGAUUCUUCUUGAUUGCCCAGAAUUCUCAGACUACCCCCACCACGAUGAUCCACUGCUUGCUGCACCACCUCCUGUCCAUGAACUCGAAGCUGGAUUAGAAAAUGCAACCAAGCAGUUUAUUUUAGGCACUUGUCCAAUUGAAGAGGCGAGCUAUGAGGGCACCCUCAAAGUCAUGGAAGAAUGGUUCAAGCAACUCCACCUCGAUUCAGAAGAUGAAAAAAUGAAGACAGGUCUCAAACUAAUCAUUGCUUGGAUCAGUGAUCAAUUAAUGAUAGAGAGGCUCCGAGGGCUUUGGAAAUAUCGGCAUGAAGACCACAAUGCAUUUGACAGAAUGGACUUCAUGAUUCCAAUAUUUGGUUGGUUCCAUCUCAUCAUGGCACUUGCUAAUUCUCUGCAUAAGCAGUAUCUCGGAAUGUCGGCUGGCAUUGGUGGACUCCAACAUGCGUUUGACUCAGUAAAAUGA